AUGGUUCAAGAAACCGAAGAAAUAGCUGAAAAGAUGCCUGCACUCAGGCUUGAUCUCGAGCCAAGCCUGAGUCUUUCGAAUAGUACAACAUCCCUCGAACACCUCCCCGCCGAAAUCCACGAGCGAAUCCUGUUCUACGUCGGCGCGUUCAGUCCCAAAAACCGAUUCCGGUACGCGAAGACGUGCAGACGGAUCUGGGAGCUGACUCCGACCGUCCACGCUAACAUGAAAUUGACGAGGGUGACGAGAACCCCGUUGAAUUUCCUGAGCCAAGAGACACGACGAAGAGCUCCAAUUCACGAUAUUUCUAGCCGAACCACUCAAGAAUUGCUGUUCUCGAAUGCUACUGUCGAGCGGGUGUUCGUCGGGAUGCCAAAUUUUUGGCUGCCCGGGCUGAAAACAAAGUAUCUACAGCUCUGCGGGCCCAUGGAAAACGUGGAAGAAUUGUACGAAGCGAUGAUGCCGGAUGGCGGUUAUGAUAGUUUAAUAAUCUCCAACGCACAAUGUUGCGUAGGAAUGGAAGAAAGGAUAAAGGCUACCACAAAUUUCCUUGGAAUCACCGACGAGCCAAAUAUCAUGGAUUGUCUGAGAUUUAACUUGCCGAGGAUGUCGUUCUACUCUUCGACGCUGCAACUCGCCCAACUUCGCGAGUACAUGCAGCGGGUUGUGGAGGAGUGGAAGGCGGGAAGAAGGGAGGUGGAGACGAUCGAGAUCCGAUUUCGGCCCCUUGAGCAUGAAGCUGCUGAUCAACGAACGCAACAGCACCAACGGCGCGAUGGCGUCCGACUUGCGCUUUUUAUUGGCGGGAUUCAGGCGCAGAUUCGUGGUUAUGUGCCGCCAGGA